UUUGCCAAGGACAAAUGUCUGAAAAAUUCAAGAUUUCUCUCUGAAAAAUAUUAUUUAAAAAUCUACAUCUGCAUAUUUAUGAAAAUAAAUUCAAGCUUUAACUCUGUAAGCUUUAACUCUGUCACUGUGAGUGCGAAUUAACCUGUGAUUUUCCCCAAUUUCUUCGAAUCUAGGGUUUGCAGGAAGCAGGGGCAGCAGAGCAAACCCACUGAUACAGUGAUCGUUCUAUGCCCAUUGUCCGAAACAAGCAGAAAUUUUGAGGGGCAUUGCGGGAAUAAAGUACCCAGAUGAAGCGAGGCAAGUUCGACUCGUUGCUGCCGCCGAGUCGACUCAGAAUGAUUCAGGUUUUUAUUGGGGCAGUGAUCGUCUACCUGCUCCUGAUCAGCUUCGAAAUCCCCCACGUUUUGAAAUCCGGGUUUGAGUCUUCGGGUUUGGACGACGGGCUGUUCGAGACGCUGGAGGACGCAUUUCCCAGGACGUUUUGGCUCGAGAGCGAGGAGGAAAUGGGCGAGAGGGACGCCCCGAGUAGGCCGGCGGAGGAUGCGUUUCGGGUCGCCGGCGGCUCGCCGAACCGGACCCCCCAGCGGCAUAUGCGGGAGGUCAAGAAAGUUUCCGGCUUGGUGUUCGAGGACACUCUGUUCGGCGGCAAUGUCAGUAAGGACCAAGUCUCCGAGCUUCAUAGAACCGCCAAGAGCGCUUGGGUAGCUGGGAAGAAGCUCUGGGCGGAGCUCGAGGCCGGAAGGCUCGAGUCUGACCUGAAGACCAAGCCCGAGAACCGCUCUGAGCCGUGCCCGUACUCGUUUUUGCUGUCCGGGUCGGAAUUCGAGUCCCGGAAACGGGUCAUGGUUCUUCCCUGCGGGAUGACUCUGGGGUCUCACAUAACGGUGGUGGGCACGCCGAGGUGGGCCCACUCGGAGUACGAUCCGAAGAUUGCGGUGUUGAAGGAGGGAGACGAGGCGGUGAUGGUCUCGCAGUUUAUGAUGGAGUUGCAGGGUUUGAAGAAUGUGGAGGGGGAGGACCCGCCGAGGAUACUGCAUUUCAAUCCGAGGUUGAAGGGGGAUUGGAGUGGGAAACCGGUGAUCGAGCAGAACACUUGUUACCGGAUGCAAUGGGGCUCGGCACUCCGCUGCGAGGGGUGGAGGUCCCUGGCUGAUGAAGAUACUGUUGAUGGACAGGUGAAAUGUGAGAAGUGGAUUCGUGAUGAUGACAAUAAGACGGAAGAAUCAAAGGCCACAUGGUGGUUGAACAGGCUGAUUGGACGAACGAAGAAGGUGACCAUAGACUGGCCAUACCCUUUUGCAGAGGGAAAGCUGUUUGUUCUUACCGUAAGUGCCGGUUUGGAAGGUUUCCAUAUCAAUGUCGAUGGGAGGCAUGUCACUGCUUUCCCUUAUCGCACGGGAUUUGUUCUUGAGGAUGCUACCGGACUCUCUGUAAAUGGAGACAUUGAUGUGCACUCUGUGCUUGCAGCCUCCUUGCCCACAUCACAUCCUAGUUUUUCACCCCAGAUGCACCUCGAAAUGGUGACUAAGUGGAAAGCUCCGUUUCUUCCCUAUGGGCAUGUAGAGUUGUUCAUUGGCAUUCUGUCCGCUGGGAACCAUUUUGCAGAGCGUAUGGCCGUGAGAAAGUCUUGGAUGCAGCAUAAAUUAAUCAAAUCUUCGCGUGUUGUGGCUCGUUUUUUUGUAGCACUGCAUGGAAGAAAGGAAGUGAAUAUGGAACUAAUGAAAGAAGUAGAUUAUUUUGGGGACAUUGUUAUAGUUCCUUAUAUGGAUAACUAUGAUCUGGUAGUAUUGAAGACUGUUGCAAUCUGCGAAUAUGGGGUUCGCACGGUGCCUGCAAGGUAUAUCAUGAAGUGCGAUGAUGACACAUUUAUCAGGGUGGAUGCUGUGCUCAGGGAAGCACGGAAAGUUCGUGGAUAUAGAAGCUUCUAUAUUGGAAAUAUGAACUACCACCACAAGCCUCUUCGCCAUGGUAAAUGGGCAGUGACGUAUGAGGAAUGGCCAGAAGAAGAUUAUCCACCCUAUGCAAAUGGUCCAGGAUACAUAAUCUCCUCUGACAUAGCAAGGUCCCUCGUAUCCGAGUUUGAAAAGCACAAAUUGCGAUUGUUCAAGAUGGAAGAUGUGAGCAUGGGAAUGUGGGUAGAGCAAUUCAACAAAUCUAAACCGGUGGAGUAUGUGCAUAGCUGGAAGUUCUGCCAGUUUGGGUGCAUCAACGACUAUUACACCGCGCAUUACCAAUCUCCGAGACAAAUGAUAUGCAUGUGGGACAAAUUGCAACAACAAGGGAAACCCCGGUGCUGCAAUAUGCGAUGACCAGGAAUGAUGCAUUGAUCAAACAUUUUUUUGCUUACAGUGUAGAGAAUGUGAAAAGAAGAAUACAGAGAAACAAGUUUUGCAGUCACAGUAUACCGCUGUAAAUAUCCGGUGGGGGUUAACUCUGUCAAAAAUUUCGCACCUAUUUUGCUUUCUCGGUCCCUCAUUUACCGUCUUUACAAUUGUAAAGAAGCUAGAUGGAGAAAGUUACUGUUCUGUUCUUUAGAAUCUAGUUAACCAUAUAUGGUGAUGGAACAGUGGAUUGCAUUCUGGAGCUUAUCUGUAAAGUGUUGAUACAGAAAGAGCCUUUGUAAUGAAAGUUUAUUCUUUCUUAGUGGUGAUGGUGCUACAAAAAGAAGGAACCAAAUUCCCUGACCUUUCUUAUAUGCCAAUUCCUUUGGGUUUUUGAGUUCUUUA